AGAAAAAGGAGGCAAGCAGAGUGCGAGAGCAACCCAGCAGGUACAGUACUUGAGCGCGGUGGAAAGCCGAAGUGUGAGUCGAGAGAGAGAGAGACAUAUAUAUAUAUAAACCCUUCCUAUUCUUUUGUGAUUCUUACAAAAACCCACCGCGUGCCUCAGGUCUUUACUUUCUUUGUUAAGCAUAAGUGCCCGCUCUUCUCGUAUCUUCCCCCCCCCCACUCUCUCUCUCUCUCUCUCUCUCUCUCUCUCUCUCUUCCGAAUGGAUUCGACGGCAGACAUGGGGACGUCGAGCGGAUCCCGACUCAGGCGCCUCAACGAGGCAGUGUCCAAGUCGUGGGUCGGGCGGUGGUUCAAGCUGGCGGAGCGCUGUACAACCUUCACCACCGAGCUGCGUGCCGGCACUGCCACCUUCCUCACCAUGGCAUACAUCCUCGCAGUGAACGCCUCCAUCCUCGCCGACUCCGGCGCCACCUGCUCAAUCGACGACUGCCUCCGCCCCUCCCCUUCCUGCCUCCUCCCGCCCGUGGAUGCCGGCUACGCCGCCUGCGUCGACCGCGCCCGCCGCGACCUCAUUGUCGCCACCGCCGCCUCCUCCAUCGUCGGCUCCUUCAUCAUGGGCGCCUUGGCCAACCUACCCCUGGCGCUGGCCCCCGGUAUGGGCACCAACGCCUACUUCGCCUACACCGUCGUCGGCUUCAACGGCUCCGGCAACCUCCCCUACCGAACCGCUCUCGCCGCCGUCUUUUUAGAGGGCCUCCUCUUCCUGCUUAUAUCUGCUCUCGGCUUCCGCGCUCGCCUCGCCAAGCUCGUGCCCCGUCCCGUCCGCAUCUCCUCCUCUGCUGGUAUCGGCCUAUUCCUCGCCUUCAUUGGCCUCCAGAGCAACCAAGGAGUGGGCCUCGUCGGCUACAGCUCCUCCACCCUCGUCACCCUCGCCGCCUGCCCCCGCGAGGCCCGCGCCUACCUCGCCCCCGUCGAGGUCUUCGACAACGGAACCGUGGCCCUCAUCCCAGGAGGCACCGUCUCCGGCGACGUUCUCUGUCUGCACGGCCGCAUGGAGUCCCCUACCCUCUGGCUUGGCGUCGUCGGCUUCCUCAUCAUAGCCUUCUGUCUCAUCAAGAACGUCAAGGGCGCCAUGAUCUACGGCAUCGUCUUCGUCACCGCCGUCUCCUGGUUUCGCCACACCUCGGUCACCGCCUUCCCGGACACCCUGGAGGGGAACGAGGCUUACCGCUAUUUCAAGAAGGUGGUGGACGUACACCGAAUCGAGUCCACGGCGGGGGCGCUCAGCUUCAGCGGCAUCGGCACGGGCCGCUUCUGGGAGGCGCUCCUCACCUUCCUCUACGUGGACGUGCUCGACACCACGGGCACGCUCUACUCCAUGGCGCGCUUCGCGGGCUACGUGGACGACAACGGGGACUUCGAGGGGCAGUACUUCGCCUUUAUGUCGGACGCGGUCGCCAUCGUGGUGGGCUCACUGCUGGGCACGUCGCCGGUGACGGCCUUCAUCGAGUCAUCGACGGGGAUCAAGGAGGGGGGCCGGACCGGGAUGACAGCGCUCACGGUGUCGGCCUACUUCCUGUUGGCCUUCUUCUUCACACCGCUGCUGGCUUCGAUACCGGCGUGGGCGGUCGGGCCACCGCUGGUGCUGGUCGGGGUGCUCAUGAUGAAGGCGGUGGUGGAAAUCAAGUGGGAGGACAUGACGGAGGCUAUCCCAGCCUUCAUGACCAUGAUCCUCAUGCCCCUAACCUACUCCAUCGCCUACGGACUCAUCGGUGGCAUCGGCACCUACAUCGUCCUCCGCGCCUGGGACUGGUCCGUCACCGCAUGGACUCGCCACGGCAGUGUCACCAAGAGCCUACCGCUCGUCAGCGAUAGCGGCGGCCGCGACGGAGCCGUUGUUGCAGCAGCAGCGGGCAAUGGCGGCGGGGACGGCCUUGGCGAUACGAAGGAGAAUGAGAAUGAUCAAGCGGUAUGACACGCUUGAAGGAUUAUUAUCAUCGAGGAAUCAUCGUUAACUCAAAGGGAAAGAGGAAAAGGACAGGUUACCAGUCGUAAAUAGGGUAAUUAAUCUGGGAUCUCCUUUUUCGUCUCCCACUCUCGCUCUCUUCUUCGUGUUGCUUUUAUUGCUUUGUAGCGGUGGGAGCUAACUGGAGGCCGAGGGGGAAGUGCUGGUGGAUGGGUGGCCUUUGUACUUGGCACUAGCUUUGUACUCUUAUUUUGGUCUCUAGUGUUGGGGAAAGGCAUGGGUGGUGGCGCUCGCUUUUGCAGCGGACAAAUAAAUACACAGCAAGCACGCAUGGGAAGUAGCUACGCCUAUCGCCAUUGACUGUGCCCGCACGGCGAUCCCAUCGCAUUAUGUUCUCAUAAUCGUGAAAAGAAUCACAAUAGUUAUUCUCCUGCCAAUGGACAAAAGCAACGAUUGCUGCUAAUUUUCAUCGAGGCCAAAUAAUUAGAUUUCCCAUCUUCCAUUUGGAAGCCUUCCAUUCUCCUCAUACCAUGUAUCCUCGGAAGCAUAUGGGAAGGAAGGAGGGGACUGUGUCGCCAAACACCACAAGCUGUAUAUGCUUUUACGCAAAGGAAUCUUGUUGGAGGCGCCUGUUUCACAAAGAGGCAGUCUCAAAGCGUUGAAAUGAGUGGCAAGAA